CACACAGUUGGAGGAGGAGCAACGUGUUGCCAAUGAGCGUGCCGCAGCUGAAUUUUGGCUACUGGUCAAAAUGAUUGCCAUGACCGUUGUGCUGGGCCUAAUGAUACUCGUCACCAUUAUAGGCAACGUAUUUGUGAUUGCCGCCAUUAUACUCGAGCGAAACUUGCAAAAUGUUGCUAAUUAUUUGGUCGCAUCUCUGGCAGUUGCUGAUUUAUUUGUUGCCUGUCUCGUCAUGCCGCUUGGCGCCGUCUACGAGAUAAGCAAUGGCUGGAUCCUUGGACCGGAACUCUGCGAUAUUUGGACAUCGUGCGAUGUGCUCUGCUGCACAGCAUCCAUAUUGCACCUGGUGGCCAUCGCGGCAGACAGAUACUGGACCGUUACGAACAUUGAUUACAACAAUUUGCGUACACCGCGUCGCGUCUUCAUCAUGAUAUUCUGCGUGUGGUUCGCUGCGCUGAUUGUGUCGCUGGCGCCGCAGUUUGGCUGGAAGGAUCCAGACUAUAUGAAGCGCAUCGAGGAGCAGAAUUGCAUGGUAUCGCAGGAUGUGGCCUAUCAGAUAUUUGCCACAUGCUGCACGUUCUAUGUGCCGCUAUUGGUGAUUCUAUUUCUGUAUUGGAAAAUCUAUUUAAUUGCUAGGAAACGCAUACAGCGACGCACACAAAAGUCGUUCAACAUAACGCUAACUGAGACCGAGUGCGAUUCGAUGGCGCGUGAUGUGCCCAAGGAGCGAGCAGGUAAACGUCGCUUACGCGAGAAGCGUGAACAGCAACGCGAACAACUGGAAGAUACGGAAAAUGAAGCUGGCCAAAUGCAGCGACGUCCACGUAAACGAAUUAAGAUAUGCUUUGGACGUAACACAAAUACGGCCAACAUUAAUGCUGGCACCGAGGGUGCCGUGGCACGUUCUGUGGCAGCCAUUGCCGUCGACUUUGCCAGCCUGGCCAUUACCCGGGAGGAGACAGAAUUCAGUACGAGCAACUAUGAUAACAAAAGCCACGCGGGCACCGAACUCACGACCAUAUCCAGCGAUGCCGAUGACCAGGUGGCCAGCGCCGCACAGCAGCAUCUAAUAGCAUCCCAUUUGAAUGCCAUUACGCCGCUAGCACAAUCCAUCGCCAUGGGCGGCAAGCCGACGGGAGCAGGCGAGGGAGGGGUUGGCACUGGUGCCACAAGUCCCAUUGGAACGACUGUUGGUCGUGGCGUGUUGGCUAGCAUAGCCAAUCCGCACCAGAAGCUGGCCAAACGACGUCAGUUGCUGGAGGCGAAACGUGAACGUAAAGCAGCGCAAACAUUGGCCAUCAUCACCGGCGCCUUUGUCAUCUGUUGGCUGCCCUUCUUUGUCAUGGCCCUCACAAUGAGCCUGUGCAAGGAUUGUGAAAUUCAUCCAGCAGUUGCAUCGCUCUUCCUCUGGCUGGGCUACUUCAAUUCGACACUCAAUCCGGUCAUCUAUACCAUUUUCAAUCCAGAGUUCCGACGCGCCUUUAAGCGUAUUCUAUUCGGACGCAAGCAUGCGGCACGGGCGCGCAGUGCGAAAAUUUGAUUUCAACUGAAAACCAACGAGGACCAGUAUCUGUAAGCCACAACCUAAACCAAAAGGUGAAAGCAAAAGUUACUAAACACAGGCAUUACAAAUCGACAUAUACGCAUAUGUACGAGUACUGUAUAUAGACUCAAGCGAUAUCAACUCAGAGGCCAACUGACAAAAAGUGGCAUGUAAAUGGAUAUGUAAAUGAAACUGGAUAUGGAAUUGAAGUUAUAGGCAUUGCAUUGCAUUAACUUAAAACUCUAGUUAGGCGAUUAGUUUUGUAGUUCGUAGUGCGUUUGACGAUAUUUUUAGCAGAGACAAUCCUAAGUACAUGUACGCUCUAAGUAAUUCCUAAACCUACCUUAACGAAUAACACACACGUGCCCCAACUAGCAACCGACAAAGAAGCAGAAAUCCAAGCAAAUUAACAACAAUUUUUAUAAGCUAUAUAGAAGAUGUUUAUUAUAAGAAAACUCACACACU